AUGAUUUUAACGCGGAAAUCACCAAAAAAUGUCUCGACUUUUCAUUUAAAGGGGGCAAUCAAUACAUCAUUGAUCAAUGUUUGGAGGAACAAAAAUCCGGAUUCAGAAACUUUGAACGCUAUAGUUGAAUCUCAUAAUAUUGAUAAUUUUAAGAAACUAGAAUUCGGCUACAAUAUUGAACCGAGUUUGAGAUCGAUGACUUUUUACCACAAUCUACAUGCGUAUAUUAUUGCGUUAAAUGCAACAAAUGCUGUCGACCUUUGUUUUCUAUAUUCCCCAUAUUUUCAGAUUCCAUCUUUUUGUGAAUAUUUAUAUGCAAAUGGUGCAAAUAUUAGUAGUAGGAACCCAGAUGAUUGCUCAACUCUAGAUAUUGCAAUUCUAGCAGAUCAUGCAGAAAUUGCAUCAUUUUUGUUUUCAAAAGGAAUUGAAAUAGAUGAAAAAGCAUUUUAUUAUGCAGUUUCUUCAAACAGUACUGUUAUGGUGGAGUUACUUGUUUCACAUGGUGCUGAUGUCAACUUCAGAGAAAAUAAUACUGGUUUUUCAAUGCUUCAUAUUGCUUGCUUGAAUUGUAAUAUUAAAGUUGUUGAAAUUCUAAUUUCACACGGAAUAAAUAUAAAUGAUAAUGAGGAUGUUAGAGGUUUCACUCCUCUUGUGAUUGCAUCAAUGAUGCAUUAUAAAGAAAUUGCUGAAUUUCUGUUAUCACAUGGUGCAAGUACCAAUAUACAAGAUAAGAAUGGGAAAAUGGCUAUUCAUCAUGCCAUAGUGCCUGAUUGUCAAGGAUUUACGGAAUUUAUUACUAAUAAAAUUGAAUACUUAAAUUUUCAUAGCAGAUAUCAACCUUCUUUGCCUAUAGUUGAAAAUUUCAGUGACAUGAUUGUGCUUCUACUGUCGAAUGGUGCAGAUGUCAAUGCAAAAAAAUAA